GUGACGUGUGCCUGCGGCUUGUCUGGUGACGUGUCUCUCCGACUCUCUCUUUCCUCUCGCAGCGGCUGAUGGAGCCACACUGACUCCUCUGUGCACUUAAACUGUUAACAGCUACACAGCAGGAGUCGGCCCAAGGACACCAUGGGGAUUAAAUUUUUGGAGGUCAUCAAGCCUUUCUGUGCAGUCCUGCCAGAGAUUCAGAAACCAGAAAGAAAGAUUCAGUUCAGGGAAAAGGUGCUAUGGACAGCCAUCACACUAUUCAUCUUUCUGGUGUGCUGCCAGAUCCCACUCUUUGGCAUUAUGUCGUCAGAUUCAGCAGAUCCCUUCUACUGGAUGAGAGUGAUCCUGGCUUCCAACAGAGGUACCCUGAUGGAGCUCGGUAUCUCACCAAUUGUCACCUCAGGCCUCAUCAUGCAGCUGCUGGCUGGCGCCAAGAUCAUCGAGGUUGGUGACACUCCCAAAGACAGAGCUCUCUUCAAUGGAGCUCAGAAAUUGUUUGGAAUGAUCAUCACCAUUGGGCAGGCCAUCGUCUAUGUCAUGACUGGCAUGUAUGGAGAUCCUUCAGAGAUGGGUGCUGGCAUAUGCCUGCUGAUCAUCAUUCAGCUCUUUGUUGCAGGUCUGAUAGUGUUGCUCCUAGAUGAGCUCCUCCAGAAGGGCUAUGGUCUAGGAUCUGGCAUUUCUCUCUUCAUUGCGACCAAUAUAUGUGAAACCAUUGUCUGGAAGGCCUUCAGCCCUACCACUGUCAAUACUGGUAGAGGUACUGAGUUUGAGGGAGCCAUCAUUGCUCUUUUCCAUCUGCUGGCCACCCGCACGGACAAGGUGCGUGCCCUAAGAGAAGCUUUCUACCGGCAAAACCUGCCUAACCUCAUGAACCUCAUCGCCACUGUCUUUGUGUUUGCCGUGGUAAUAUACUUCCAGGGCUUCAGAGUGGACCUGCCUAUCAAGUCAGCUCGUUACCGUGGGCAAUACAACACCUACCCCAUCAAGCUGUUCUACACCUCCAACAUCCCCAUCAUCCUACAGUCUGCCUUAGUGUCCAAUCUGUAUGUGAUUUCUCAGAUGCUGUCGACACGUUUCAGUGGCAACUUCCUGGUCAAUCUCCUUGGAACCUGGUCGGACACUUCAACUGGAGGACCAGCUCGGGCCUACCCAGUGGGCGGUCUCUGUUACUACCUUUCUCCGCCUGAGUCAUUUGGUAUGGUCCUGGAUGACCCAGUUCACGCCGUCAUCUACAUCAUCUUCAUGCUGGGCUCCUGUGCCUUCUUCUCAAAGACCUGGAUUGAGGUGUCGGGAUCUUCAGCCAAAGAUGUAGCAAAACAGCUGAAGGAGCAGCAAAUGGUGAUGAGAGGACACAGAGAGACCUCAAUGGUGCAUGAACUUAACAGGUAUAUCCCCACAGCUGCUGCAUUUGGAGGGCUCUGUAUAGGAGGGCUGUCUGUCAUGGCAGACUUCCUGGGAGCCAUCGGAUCUGGGACAGGAAUCCUCCUGGCCGUUACCAUCAUCUACCAGUACUUUGAGAUCUUUGUGAAAGAGCAGAGUGAAGUUGGCAGUAUGGGAGCACUGCUCUUCUAAUAUCGAAUAUGCCUAUCUCCUGACACACGAGAUACAAAGAAUCCAGCUAUUUUAAAUUUUUUAUCCCAAACACUUCUGUUGGUCUAUUUCACCGCAGGGAUAAGUUUUUUUUGUUUUGUUUUUUUAACUCCACCAUUUUUGUUUUCCACCAUACUGCUCUUGCAGAAAAGUGUUUCGGUUACUUUCAGGGUUGAACGUAGUAUCAGUUGUCAUCAAUCUUUUUUUUCAGUAGAGAUCUCUGCAGGCUGCCUGAAUCACCCUCUGGCUGCCUUAUCAGCCUAAUAACGCUUAAAAGCACACGGUUGUGACUGGCUGUGACUUACCUCAGGCAUUUUUCAUUGUAGGUGUUUAAGGAACACUAAGACGGCAUCAGCAUGCUGAUCCUGAUCCACAGCUGAAAGCGUUGCGUUCGGACGUUUCGGAGGGGAGUUGAUAGAAAGCCAUGUCGUGUAAAUCACCUGUCAACCAUGUUUGAGGUUUCAAAAAGCCCAGAGUAGGAUGUGGAAAGCAUACCGAGAAUAUGCCGGUACUCCUCAUACCUGUCUCUGGUUAUCUCAAACUGUAAUAUUUUCAUUUUACUUUAUUAUUAUUAUUUUUUUUUAAUCACAGACUGUUUAUAUCCACACCCGUCUUACGCUGGGGACAGCGUUUGUCCAAUGUUCCUGGGCCCUCAGCGGAACUCGUCUGUGUCAUCUUGCUCUUUUAUUCCCAGACUGAAUCGCUGCUGAAAACUGCCGGGAUGGUCGGGAUGAGGGUGGGUUUGAUAGGACUGAGAAAGGGGUUCAUUUUUGUUUUUACUUUGUGUAAGACAUAAUUGUGUUAUUAAAAAAAAAACCAAUGUUUUCCAA